AUGCAUCUCCAAUCUUCCCUUGCAUUUGCCUUGCUUCAGGCUGCGGCCGUUUAUGGUUAUGCGAAUCCCGGAGCUUGCUCGGGUGCUUGCAUCGUCCAUGAUCCUGCUAUGAUCCAGGACGGAGACGGAACGUACUAUCGCUUCUCCACGGGCGGUGGCCUUUCCUAUGCUUCUUCUUCAUCCAUUGAGGGUCCCUGGGUAGGUCGCGGAGCUGUGUUGCCUCGCGGAUCCUCGAUUGACAAUACCGGAAGGAAUGAUCCUUGGGCUCCCGAUAUACAAAAGGUGGGCAACCUUUACCACGCCUACUACUCGGUAUCGACCUUCGAAACUCAGAUCUCUGCCAUUGGCCUUGCGACCUCGGAAAGCAUGCAAGAGGGCACUUGGACUGACAGGGGCUCAAUUGGAAUUGAAUCCAGAGAGGGUGACCAGUACAACGCGAUCGAUGCCAACCUCCUGGUGGAUGGCCCCAACAACUACAUGGUCUUUGGAUCAUUCUGGCAGGACAUUUUCCAAGUGAAACUUAAUGGGGACGCCACGUCUGCAGUAUCGGCACCGGCUAAUGUCGCGUUUGAGCCGGCUGGUACUCAUGCAGUUGAGGGAUCUUACCUGUUCAAAUACGGGGAUACUUACUACCUGUUUUACUCGUGGGGAAGCUGCUGCAAGUAUGAUCAGGGUAUGCCCGCACCAGGACAAGAGUACAAGAUCAAAGUCUGUCGGUCGAAGAACCCGACUGGACCCUUUAUUGAUGCGGACGGUGUUGCAUGCACCGAGGGCGGUGGUACCAUCGUCCUGGAAAGCCAUGACAACGUCUAUGGACCUGGCGGACAGGGUGUCUACCAGGACCCGAGACUUGGCCCUGUGCUUUACUACCACUACAUUGAUACGAACAUCGGCUACGCCGACGACAAGAAACAGUUUGGAUGGAACGCCCUUGACUUCUCCACCGGAUGGCCUACUGUGUAA